AUGAUGCUGGCAAGCAGAUACUUGUUGACUGGAACUGAGAAAUGCACACUAAGAUGCCUCUUGUUUUGUCAUCUAUGUCAGGUCUUUGAUGAGAUUCGAAAGGAGCACUGGUACAAGCCUAGGUUGUUCUGGUAUGUUGAUCUUAUUACAGUGCUUGCUAGGAAAGGAUUGAGGUCCGAGGUUGGCAAAGCCUGUUCGUAUCUGAAGAGGGAACAAUUGGAACCUGACACGGAUGGUUUCAAUCUGCUUCUGAAGACACUCUUAGAUGCUGAGUUCACACAAUUAACAAUGGACUGCUUCCGUCUUAUGAAACUAUGGGACACGGAACCUGACAGGACAACAUACAUAACACUUGUCAAGGGUCUUGAAUCCCUAGGAGAGAUGGAUCUAUCUGCUAAGAUGAGGUUGGAAGCAGAAAGUGACUAUGGUGCCCUCUGGGACUUCUUUGACGAAGAGGAGACGACUGAGACUUGA